CAGGAUGAGUUGCAGUUUCCGACCCCUCUGCGUGAGCCGCGGGCCAGCGUGCACUACGCCCUUGCGCGCCAGUUCCUCUCCUCGCUCUUCCCGUUCAACAUUGUCAAGGCCAAAGGCGACGACGUUUCGCUGUCUGAGCUGCAGAUGACGCCAGACCUUCACGAGCACCUCUCUACGCUCGACGACAUCCCGCGUGGCGAUCUCAUUCGCGUGCAGACGGCGUUCAUGUCCGCAUCUGGCCAGCUCGCCACCCUCUCCUCCCCGGCUGCACUUGCGGCUGUGCCUGACGAGUUCUUUGCGUUCUAUCACGACCUGCGAACGGCUGAACCCAUCGGAUUUCAGGAGGCAGACGUCAACUUCAGGGUGGCCGCGACGAAAUCGCAGCCGCCGCUCGUGGUCUCGGAGACAACACGAAUGUGCGUUGCAUUGCACGAUGUUGAGCAACUGCCCACCGCCAAGGACACGCACGUCGUCGUUUGGUGCGACACGCGUGCAAGCGUGUACACCCACCGCGCCGUAUCGGAGGCUCUGCUUGCCCAAGGCGUGCACGUGGUUCUGUUUGUGACGCAGCAGCCAAACGGGCUCCUGGCCGUGCACAAGCACUGCGCGAAUACGGCGGCGGUGGCGGGGCCGCUGCCGGCCUCCACCGUCAUCAGCGAACACGUGCUGGCGGAGACGCUGCGGGAAACAAUCACAAACACGUUUCUACGGCGCACCAUGGCAGACGACAGGCAUGUGCUGCCGAGUGUUGUGAGGAAGAAGGCGGUCAAGGAGCUGAUUGCAGCAGCGAGGGAGCAGCAGGCCAAGUGGGAACAGCAGCAGCAGCAGCAGCAGCAGCAGCAGCAGCAGCAGCAGCACCUGAUGACGGCCGGUGGCGACCAGCCCUCUGUGCAGACAUCGAAGGAGGUCGACCGAGAGAGGGAGCACCACCACCCGUCUGUGGGCCACAGCACCAGCACCAACAGCGGUGAUGGGUUUGACACCGCAAUUGUUGGUGCGCAGGCGCGGAAGGUGUUGCAGUUUGUGUUCCACCACCCACGAAAGCACUUCAGCAUGCAGCAACAGCAACAACAACAACAGCAGCGCUGCGGUGGUGGCGGUGUCACGUCAGUGUCGUCCCAGCACCAGCACCCGCCACUGACGCGGCAGCAGGAGUUGGAAGAGAGCGAGGCGUCCAGUGUAAGAACGAGCGGCGUCACGAUUGCUGAUACGCCAUCCAUCCAAAGCAUCGUCAGCAUCAACGUGGACGAGGAAGUGAGCGACGUGUAAUUGAAGUGUAGCUCGGUGAGGGUGGCGUGGGGUGAUGCGUGGCCUUGCAUUGUUAGAGUCAUUUAAUGCAGCGAUAUUCAAAACAAGCAGGUUUCGUACACACAUCACACAACAAGUAAAUGUACAAGCAAGCAAGCA